UGUGGUCAAAAACAAAGAACAAGACACAAGCUACCAGGUCAUACCUGCUGGAGGUCAAUUCACAAAAGGAUAGCCAUUUUACUGGUCUGACACUACACGCAGAGGAAGAUUAGUCAAAGUCAGCACUGCACACAGCCUCCUUACAGAAGAGGCAGGACAGUUAUGCUUCCUGCCCUGCAACCUAGAAGCUGUCACCAAUGGCUCCAAAUGCUAGCUGCAUAAUGGCUGUGGCUGAGGCCUUGGUACAUAUGAGACAUACAGUCUUGCUGUUCUGGAUGAAGAUCUUUCUAUUCCAUUCUGGACUGUCCCAGUUUGGGCACUCUCAAAGUCAAGGUCUCCCAGAAGUGGUGACACCCUUGAAGAUAAACACUGGUGGAAGCAUGAGACCGCCAGGCUGGACCUCUUACAGUUUGCAUUUUGGAGGCCAGACACUCAUCAUCCACAUGAAAGUCAACAAGAAUUUGCUGGCUAGACACAUGCCAGUGUUCACCUACACAGACCAAGGUGCUCUCCUUGAGGACCAGCCCUUAGUCCAGAGUGACUGUUUCUACCAUGGAUAUGUGGAGGGAGACCCAGAGUCCCUCGUGGCCCUGAGUAGCUGUUUUGGUGGUUUUAGAGGAAUGCUCCAGAUACAUGACAUUGCUUAUGAAAUCAAACCUCGAAAUCAUUCUAGUACAUUUGAACACCUGGUGUAUAGAAUGGAACGUGAGGAUACAUCCCCACCCUUGAGAUGUGGAUUGACAGAUGAAGAAAUAGAAUGGCAGCUAAAGGCUCUAGAGAGUGACAAUUCCAUUUUGAUGCAGAGUGGGUAUGAAGGCUGGUGGACCCACAGGCGGUAUUUAGAACUGGCAGUGGUGGUGGAUAACAACAGGUAUGUUCAUAGCAACAGCAAUGCCUCAAAAGUGUAUGCUGAUGUAUGCAUUGUUGUGAAUGGAAUAGCUUUCUUUUUAAAAUCACUGGAUGUGGAGGUGAUUUUUACUGGACUUGAGAUAUGGACUAAACAAAACCCCAUGCCAACAGUUAACAUACAUAAGCUCUUAGUAGAUUUUUGCUCGUGGAAGAAAGGCAGCUUUACUACUCGUGUGCCACAUGAUAUUGUUCAUCUUUUUGUAAAGCAAUUUUACAAUGACCUCCUUGGCGUAGCAUAUGUAGGAGGAUCAUGUAUCAUUGACUAUAAUUGUGGAAUUGAUAGAUUUUGGAAUGACAAGCUUCAAGAGUUUGCUUUUUCUGUGUCACAUGAGCUGGGUCACAAUUUGGGGAUUCGUCAUGAUAAUGACACAUGUACAUGUGGUGAUUCACACUGCAUAAUGUAUGCAAGUAUAUUGAAUGCUACCAAAUUCAGCAACUGUAGUUAUGCUGCAUUUUGGGGUCUUACCACUGAGAAAGCAAUGUGUUUGUGCAGUCCACCAAAGCAUGAUCAAGUCUUCACAUACCCACGCUGUGGAAACCAUGUGACUGAGCCACAAGAAGAGUGUGACUGUGGCUCCUUAAAGUUGUGUGCAAAAGAUCCAUGUUGCCAGUCAAAUUGUACUCUGAGACCUGGGGCUAACUGUUCCUCUGAACUUUGCUGCAAAGACUGUAAGAUCUUGCCAGCAGGCACAGUGUGUAGAGCAGCAGAAAAUGUAUGUGAUCUCCCAGAAUGGUGCAAUGGGACAUCCUAUCUUUGUCCAGAGGAUGUGUAUGUUCAGGGGGGCAUGCCAUGCCCAGGUGGUUACUGCUAUGAAAAGAGAUGUAAUAAUCGUGAUGAACAGUGUGAGAGAAUUUUUGGUAAAGGAGCCAAGAGUGCAAAUGACAGAUGCUACCAAGAGGUGAAUACCCGAGGUGACCGUUUUGGUCACUGUGGCCUCCACGAGCAUACGUAUGUAAGAUGUGAUGCUAAAGAUAUACUGUGUGGAAGAGUUCAGUGUGUGAACGUGGAUAAAAUUCCUCUUCUGAGUAAUCACAGUACUGUCCAUUGGACUUCUCUUGAUGAUAUCGCCUGCUGGGGCACUGACUACCAUUUUGGGAUGACUAUUCCUGAUAUUGGUGAAGUGAAAGAUGGCACAGAAUGUGGUGCAAAGCACAUCUGCAUCGAAAGGAAGUGUAUCUCUAUGUCAGAUCUGAAAAGUCCUUGUUCACGAGAGUUCUGUAAAAUGAAUGGGAUUUGCAACAAUAGACAACACUGCCAUUGCAAUCUUGGAUGGAGUCCACCCAACUGCUACUAUUCAGGUGAUGGAGGUAGUGUUGAUAGUGGCCCAGCCCCCCAAAUAACUAGCACAAUUAUGAGACUAUUUUGGUUGCUUCGUUUAAUACUUUUUUUGUUAGUUGCAUUAAUUUUGAUUUGUUUCAAGUACUGUGAAACAAGAACAUUAAUGAAGGAUGCUGAAGAGAUGAAAAAGAUCAAUGAGGUAACAGAAGCCAACAAGAAGAAAGAAACUGAAAACACCAAAGAGACAAAGGAGAGCAAGCACAUACAGAUUAUUGAUCCAAAAGAAAGUGAUCCGACUAAAGAGAAAGAAAAAUCUCCAGCUCCACUUAAAAGAGCAAAAUCAGCAUCUAUGAAUCAGAAAGGAUUGCAAAGACAGAAAUCACAAAGAUCGGAAUCCCUAAAACUAUGA